AUGGUGAUCGCUGUCCAGAAUGCCCAGCCUCUCGUUGAUCCCAGAAAUCUGCAGAGAGUGAGUCCGGAGGAACCAGAACACGCUUUUCUGCUCUGGAUAGCGGAGCUGCUGGAUGCCGGUGUCACCGAGAAUGACCGCAUCCAGAUCAGACGGCUUUUGCUUUCGGUUCCUCUCAAGUUUGUUGUUCUUGCUUCCGAAGAGGCAAGAUACUUUGCUCAAGCAAACAUGCGAGAGCAGAUCGCCAUGCGGCACGAGUUGGAGGCCAGAACAGCCGUCCAGAAAAUCUUCGAAUUCCAGAUGCUGCGCAAGAAGAAGAACUGGAAGGCGCAGGAUAUUGCCGACCGGUACACGAGAGAGGUGGACCAAGCCCCGCGCGACAGAAAUGAAAUGGUCAGCCUGAAGUACAUCGAGAAUUGUUUCCAUAUUUGGGAUGCUCUUUUCACAAGUCCAGAUGUCCAGGCCGUGAUCCUCGACAUGGAGAGACGACAUGGUACAAAAAGCCCUUUCCAUUUCAUGUCUCAGCUCCUUGCAGUUGAGAUGAAAUGCAAGUCAGCUGAAACAGCUUUUUGGGCCGUCAGCUUCAUGCGCUUGUACAUCGACCGCGGUUUCAUGUCCCAUGGUGAGAUGACAUUCCGAAGCUUGACCGGGCGCAACACGAACCAGAAGGGUUGGCUUGACGUGGUCCUAGAGAAAAGGACCGUGCUUGCUUGGCUACAAGGCCCCUUUGCGGACAAGCUUGGGCUGGCUGAGUCGACGAAGGCAGUGAGUUUGCUCGACUUCAUCUGGAAGGUGAUCUUUGGUCCGAAACACGAUGCUCAGUUGAAGAACUUGCUGAAGCAAAGCCGGACUCCGGAGGAGUUGAUGGGAGUGGCUCCAUUUCAGGAGGACAUCCAGAGCAUGACGGAUGAAGCCGAGCAGAAUAAGGAGGGGGAGGCAGGUGUGCUAGCAACCAACCACACGCAAGAUGAG